AUGGGGGAGGAGAAUGUUCCUGCCCCUACAGUAGACCUUCUGACAGGUACCAGGUGGCAGAUUGUGGACACCGAUGCAAAGCACGCUGGAGAAAGAGGGGAGCCCGCGGCUCGCACACAAAGGCGUGGAGUUCCCAGAGCCAGGGCGGCCCAGCUGGGGGCACAGCAUAGCUCCGGGCGCAGCAGACGAGCCAGGAAGCGCCUGCGGCACCGGCUGCCCUGCCCCUCUGCUGGUGGCUGGGAGAAGUUAGUCACCCGGAGCCCUCACCCGGGGACCGGCCUGGGAAUGGGGCUGGGUGGUGGGAGCAGGGGGAGAAAUUCGGGAUCUGGACGGCUGGGAGGAGGCGCGGGACCAGGGGGCGCACGGGAUGCCGAAAGCCUUUUGCUGGUGGAUUUGGAGUUGCACCGUUUAAGAGGCCGGCGUGCAAACGGGGGAAAAAACUUUCCGGCAGGAACUUCCUACCCAAGACAAGAAAAGCUGCAGAGAAGGAGGCAGGGAGAGACUCGAAACAUCCCAGUAACUUUAAACACACACACACCCCAAACACCCCUUCAGGAGAGGAGGAUGGCAUGCCGCUAUAAAUGCAUUGUUCCGCCGCCUCGCAUCUUCACAGCGCGCGCCGCUCUCCGCGCCCGCAGCGGCCGACUGGGGAUGACCGCGGCCCGGAGGACGCCGCGCCCGCCCGAGGGGACCCGGACGCGCUUCGCCGGCUCGCUGCAGGCGUUUUCAUUUUAA